AUGCCUAAGCUUCUAGCUUCCCCUAUGUCCGAUGUGCCUAUGAAGACUGCAACUAGCACGAUGGAUAAACUCACAGGGCUUCCACUUUACGCAAGAUAUGCUUUCGCUGGUGCAGUUUGUUGCUCAUUUACCCACGCCGUAAUCACUCCUAUCGAUGUUAUCAAGACGAGAAUUCAGCUUGACCCUGGGACGUAUAACCGUGGAAUGUUUCACGGUUUGCGAAAAGUUGCCGCUGAGGACGGAGCCCGGGCUCUUUUGGCCGGAUUUGGCCCAACCGUCGCGGGGUAUUUUGUGCAGGGCGCAUUCAAGUUUGGAGGCUACGAGUUCUUCAAGCAACAAGCUAUCAAUUGGCUUGGGCAGGAUGCGGCGUCCAGGAAUCGCCACACUGUUUACCUUACCUCAUCUGCCGUCGCCGAGUUCCUUGGUGAUAUAGCUCUCUGUCCUUUUGAGGCGGUUCGCAUCCGCCUGGUUUCUGAGCCAACAUUUGCUCCUGGUCUAUGGGACGGUUUCAGCAGGAUGACGAGGGAAGAGGGAAUCAGGGGAUUGUACUCUGGGCUGGGGCCAAUCCUACUCAAACAAGUCCCAUAUACAAUGGCAACGUUUGUUGUAUAUGAAAAUGUCUCAGGAUUAGCGUACAGGGCGGUAGAUAAAUCGGCCGUUUCCAACCUCGCAGUCACUGGAAUCAACCUUGGCUCGGGACUCGUCGCUGGUAUGGCAGCCGCUCUGGUCUCACAACCAGCAGACACGAUGUUGAGCAGGAUCAACAAGGAGAAGGGUCGGCCAGGACAAAGAACGAUCCACCGACUGUUCGAAAUCGCAAGAGAUCUUGGAAUUCGCGGCAGCUACGCCGGUAUUCGCGCCCGUCUGGUCAUGGAGGGUGGUAUGACUGCCGGUCAGUUCGCCAUCUACGGCCACAUCAAACAGGCUGUCGGUACAACUGGCGGUGUCGAGAUCAUGUAG